CCAUUGGGGCGAGGGCCCCGGCGGCGCGCUGACGUCACGGCGCAGGGAGGGCGAUACAAUGUAACAGACAGGUCUGGGGAUGGAUCAGCGUUCCUCUGGGCGAAUGUAGCGAACGGCUGCGCGGCGGACGCCUCUCCCCCCUCCCAGUGGGGAUGGAGCCGGGGUCCCUGGUGCGCGCCAUCUUCGAGUUCUGCCCCAGCGUCUCGGAGGAGCUGCCCAUCUUCGGGGGAGAUGUCAUCGAGGUGCUGAGCGUGGUCGAUGAGUUCUGGCUGCUGGGGAAGAAAGAUGGAGUCACGGGUCAGUUCCCCAGCAGUUUUGUGGAGCCUGUCUGCGUCCCCAACACCAAGCCGGGUGAGAGGCUCUGUGUCUGCACUGAUGACUUCCGCGUCACAUCCUCCUCAGACCUACCCCUCAAACGCGGUGACGUUGUGGUUGUGGAGGACUGCCUGGAUGGAAACUGGCUCCAGGGCCGCACCUCCUGGGGCUCGAGGGGAACCUUCCCCGCCUCCUGCACGCGAGAACUGCACCUGUCCACGCACGCCCACCAGCACUCCCGCAAGCCACUGGGCGAGCUGCCGCCUUACGCCCUGGGCCGGGCCCGGGCCCUGAUGGGGCUGUCUGCUCAGCUGCCCGAGGAGCUGGACUUUGCCGAGGGGGAUGUCAUCACUGUCGUGGGGGUGCCGGAGCCUGGCUGGUUCGAGGGGGAGCUGGACGGCAGGAGGGGCAUCUUCCCUGAGGGGUUUGUGGAGCUUAUGGGGCCUCUGCAGUCACCCAAGAGCACAGGCUUUGAGGAUGGGGAAAUGGAGGACAAGGUGGAGCGACAGGAGGUCCCAGCUGAGGAGGUAGAGAAGGAAGGUGAGGGAAAGGAGGUCCCAGCUGAGGAAGUAGAGAAGGAAGGUGAGGGACAGGAGGUCCCAGCUGAGGACCAGUUUCCUGAGGACGCACAAGAUCCCACCAGGUCAGCUCUCUAUGGCGUGGCCAUGUAUGACUUCCGAGCGCUGGAAGCGGAAGAGCUGGACUUUUCCAAGGGGGAUUGGAUUCGGAUCACGGGAACACUGGAGGAUGGGUGGCUGCAGGGGACCUUGGCUGGCAGGACUGGGAUUUUCCCCCUACGCUUCAUCAGGCUGCAGGGCGGCAGCGGGGAGCAUCCGAACCUGGAGGCCGGGCUGGGGCCGAGGGGCGAGUCAGAUGCCAGUGCUGGUCAGCAGGGUCCCGCGGCCAGUCCGGGAUUGGCUGGGGCACCCCGCCUCCCAUUCCUGCCGGCGGUGUCUGCCUGUCCUGAAGCCCUUGCUGAGGAGGGACAGGGCUCCCAGGGUCAGUUAGAGUCAGAAGGGUGGAGCUCCCAGGGUCAAGAGGGGUCAGAGCAGCAGGACUCCCAGGGUCAGCAGAGGUCAGAGGGGUGGGGCUCCAAAGGUCAGCAGGGGUCAGAGGGGUGGGAUCAGCAGGAGUUGGGCUUUUGGGGUCAGCCAUUGUCAGAGGGGCAGGACUUCCCGGGUCAGCAGGGGUCAGAGGUGAUGAUGAGCAGCUCUUCUGUGCAUCCAGCGCUUCCCAACCCUGUCCCGCGGAACAAUGGAUGGAUCCCGGCGCCGACCCCCGCAGACAGGUCCCCUCCCCCCAGGUGGGACCUGGACGCCAAGUUGUCGGAGCAGAUUGAGGAGUUUGGCCGCAGCAUCCCAGCCCCCAGGUCACAGGUCGCCCGGCCGGUCUGUCGCCGCUUCUCCAUCUCGGACUUCAGCACCGAGCAGGACGUGGCCAGGGGCUCCAGCCGCACCUCAGCCCCUCCCCGAGCGACCAGGCCCGCCCCUCCCCGCCCCCUCACCCCCACCUCCUCCCUCCGCCCCUCCCGACCCGCACCCCUGCCCCCUCCCCGCAGGAGCGAGCUCGCCCACCCCAGACGCCCUGCUCCUGGCCCGGAUGCUUCCAGCUCUCUCCGAGAGGGGCACGGGGUUCCGGGGCCAGCUGUCUGUGGUCGUGGCUUCUCCCCUCACCUGCCGCAUCUCGGGCAGACUGAGACGGACUGGGACCUUGAGACGCAGACCCACGAUUCCCUGAGCUCCGCAUUCCGGGACAGCCAGACCUCCGGGACCACAGAAAACCUGGAAUUCCACACCUCCAACAUCAGGACUGUGGAAGAAGAGUUCCAACCUCAAGACAUGACGCUGCUGUCUGUUGACCACGCCUCCCUCAGGCCACGGCAGGCCUCGGCAGCAGUAGAGAGACCCCAGCAGAAGAUGAUGGAGAAGAGGGCGAAGGUGAUCGAGGAGCUACUGCAGACCGAGGCCGACUACAUUAAGGACCUGGAGAUGUGUGUGGAGAACGUGCUCGUCCCACUGCAAGCCAAGCAGGCGAGGGGUGUUUCCCAGCUGCAGCAAGUAGAUUGCGAAGCUCUCUUCGGGAACAUCCAGACCGUCAUCGAGGUCUCCAAGCGGCUGCUCGAGGAGCUGGAGGAAAAGGACACCAUAGGUCAGGUCUUCUUGUCCUACAGAAAUGAGCUGCAGGACAUGUACAAUAUUUACUGUCAAAACCAUGAGGAAGCCAUCGCCCUCUUGGAGAUGUACGAGAAGGACAAGGAGAUUCAGGGGCACAUCAACACCUGUCUGGAUCACCUCCGAGCAAUUUAUCGUCAGUGGGGGAAAACUAACUACAUCAACCUGGGCUCGUUCCUCAUUAAGCCUGUUCAGCGGGUAAUGAGGUACCCGCUGUUACUGUCAGAGCUGCUGAACACCACCCCAGAGGGGCACCAUGACAAGAGGCCACUGGAAGAGGCAGUGCUCGCGGUGAAAGAACUCAAUGUAAACAUUAAUGAGCACAAACGGCGAAAGGACCUGGUUCUGAAGUAUCGUAAGGGUGAUGAGGACUCUCUGAUGGACAAGAUCUCCAAAUUAAGUAUGCACUCCAUUAUAAAGAAGUCAAACCGAGUGAGCAGCCACCUCAAGCACCUCACCGGCUUGGCUCCUCAGAUCAGAGAUGAGGAGUUUGAGGAGGUAGAGCGGAGGUUCCGGGAGCAAGAGCGGCUGAUUAAGAACUUCAUCCGGGACCUGUCGCUUUACCUGCAGCAGCUACGGGACUCGGCGUCAGUGAAGGUUCUGGCUGCAAUGAGUAUUCUGGACAUGUACGGGGAGAAGAACCACACCAACUUGGACCAGUACCAGCGGGCUCAUCGCCUGAUCAGUGACACCCUCUUCAAUGACUUCAAAGAGCGGACUGAGAGACUGGUGGUCGGCCCGUUGACCCAGCUGCUGGGGAUGUGCGCAGGGCCGCACAAACUGAUGAUCAAGCGCUUCGACAAGCUGCUGGACUACCACAACUGUAAGGAACGAGCCGAGAAGCUGAAGGACAAGAGGACUCUGGAGGAACUGCAGGCGGCCAAGAACAACUAUGAGGCCCUGAAUGCCCAGCUGCUGGACGACAUGCCCAAGUUUCACAAGAGUGCCGAGGAGCUCUUCAUCAAUUGCGUGCGAGGGUUCGCUGAGGCUCACCGGGACUUUGUGGGAAUGACACUGAAGGAGCUUCUCCCUCUGAUGCAGCUGAUCUCGGUGGUGAGUCAGGACACGACUAUCGUCGCCUCAUUCCAGGAACAGCACAGUAAGGCCAUGCAGCUACUGCAAGUCUUCAGCUUCUUCCCAGACACACUCUCGUCCUCCCGGAAGCCAUUCGAGCGCAAGACCACAGAACGGCAGUCUUCCAGGUGGCAAAUGUCAGCAAUGCCGAUGGCCGUAUGUCAGACCGAGGAGCGACGGGCGAGCCUGCUGGCCAAGUACGAGCCGGACAAGCUGUACCAAGCCGAGAGGAACUUCAAUGCCACUCAGGAACUGGACGUCUCCCUCCUGGAGGGAGACCUGGUUGGAGUCAUUAAACAGCAAGAUCCCACGGGCAGCCAGAACCGCUGGCUGGUGGACAAUGGAGCGAUGAAGGGCUUUGUGUACAGUUCCUUCCUGAAGCCCUACAACUCACGUCGCAGCCACUCGGAUGUCUCAGUGGGAAGCCAGUCCUCCAACGAGUCCGGCUACAGCGACUCUUCGCCAGUGAUCUCCCGGCAAAACAGCGCCUCGGCACUGUCAGUGAAUCACUCCAGCGGCGCCAUCCCUUCCUCCUCGCUCCCGCCGCAGACGCUGGCCCCCGCGGAGACUCCUGCUGCCGCGCCCCCUCGUCGUGCCACCUCCCCGACCCGCACCCAGCCUGCGCCUCGGGCUCCGGCCCCAGCUGUCCGCUCCAGUCCCUACGAGCCCCCAAGCUCCCGCCGGCAUGCGGAUCCCCGCUCUGUGGGCCAGCCAAAACGCUCCAGCCAGAUGGAAUACUCGCUGCCACGGAAGAAGUGGGAAUGCCAGAAGGUCCUGCGCCGGGCAUCGUCUCAGGAGGGCUACCUGGAGAGCAACAGCUUUGACCCCGGGCAGCAGGUUUACUACGCAGUGUACAACUUCAGGGCCCGCUGCGCAAACGAGCUCUCCAUCGCCAACAAUCAGCGGCUGCGAAUCCUCUGCUUCCACGACAAGAACGGGAACCGGGAAUGGUGGCUGGCAGAAGCCAAUGGCAGGCAGGGCUAUGUUCCCGCUAACUAUAUCCGGAAAACGGAAUACACGUGAGGGGAGAGUUGGAAAUGGAACUAACUGCAGGUGUCAUCCUGUGCUUUACGUAACUGGACAGGAGAGGAGACCAGGGCCUCCUGAUGGAACCAGACAUCUCAUUUCUUUCAGAAAGGGAUUGGACUUAACUUGGGACAAAUGUUGGAGCUGAUCUCGGCCAAACCUGCUGAGACACUUCCUCAUCGAACAAAAACAUCCAGCAAUAAACACCGUCACAUGUCUAAAGAACUUUAAACAGUUUGCUGAUCUGGCCUUCUCCCUCGGCCCCUGGUUUCCACGACAACCAGUCCGAGGUUAGGAGCGGGGUUAUCCCGUUGUGUGUUGGUGACGGUGCUGGGGCCCCUAAGGCGGUGGGAAGGGCUGCUGUGAUCACACACAACUGAUGGGAUGUCAGGAUCCCUGAGCGCUGGGGCCACAGGCAUGUUUACAAAGCCAGUGAGGACAUGGUAUGAAACACUCAACAGUACCAUAUUGUAUAAAUGCAGCAUUUAAGCUUGAUGUAUUCUUAUUGAAUGUUCAAAGGUGUUUUACACUACAUAUGGCAGAGUUUUAUAAGUUACUCAGUUUGAGUAUUUUAGCUGUGUCAAGUUGAAGUACAAGCCUGGAUGCAACUCUCAAGAUGCUGGAAUAACUCAGCGAGUCAGGCAGCGUCUGAAGUGGGAAAGGGACAGUUGGCGGUUUGGACCGAGCAGCAGAGAUCACAGAUAGGGAGCAUUAGAGAGGGUCUUACUGGACUCUCAUCGCAGAGCCAUGGAAAACCUCUUCAAAGUGGGCAAACCUUGAAGAGAUCUCACAGUGGACCUCACAGCAAAGCGUGGACACAAAGACUGCAGCUGCUGGAAUCUGGAACCACCCAAGAUGCUGGAGGAACUCGAAGGGGUCACACAGCAUCUGUGGAAGGAAGUGGACAGUCCAGACGAAGAGUCACAACCAGAAACAUCAACUGUCCAGUUCCCUCCAUAGCUGCCACUCGACCCACUGAAUUCCCCCAGCACCUAAUAUAUUGCUCUAGGUUCCAGCAUCUGCCAUCUCCUGUUUGCCCUGCCCUGGGCGUGUUAGGUCAACUGUUCAUCUUGAGUACUGUGGGCAAAGAAGUAUGACUCAAGACUGUGACUGAAGAAAAACGAAGGAGGUGAUUACAGCACAGUACAGGCCCUUUGGCCCACAAUGUUGUGCCGACCUUUUAACCUACUCUAAGAUCAAUCUAACCCUUCCUUCCCACCCUCCAUUUUCCUUUCAUCCAUGUGCCUGCCUAAGAGUGUUGUAAAUGCCCCUAAUGUAUUUGCCUCUACCAUUGCCCCGCCAGUGUCCUACACACCCGCCACUCAGUGUGUUAAGAAACCUACUUCUGAUAUCCCUCCACCAUCGAAUCACUUUAACAUCAUACCCUCUCAUGUCCACCCUGGGAAUGUGUCUCUGGGUGUCCAUUUGACCACACCCCCUUAUCUUGUACACCCCUAUCCGGUCACCCCUCAUCCUGCUUCGCUCAUGGGGGGAAGGCAGGGAGAGAAGGAGUUUGAAAAACACAUGCAAUAGAACUGAAGCUGCUCCUGGUACCAACAGCUGGUGGAAACCAUUCAAAAAUUGGUGCUGAUCAGUGAGAUGCUGGGAAACGGGGUCCAGGCGAAACGCAAAGCCAAGUAUCUACCUAACGUGUGUGAAUCUUCCGAGCGGAGAGUGCCAGCGAUUAGACAUCAGCUCUUCCUCCCCACUAACACAGGCUCCCACAGCUACCCAGUGAUCAAUGUGGGCUCUUUGUAACAAGGGCUUGAAGAUCCUUUCUUCAAGGUUGGUCUGUGUGCUUCCUAACCAUGUUGUCACUGUAAUGUCAUACUGCUGGAGAAUCUUAUUCUUGGCUGUUGGGUAAGUGAGCGACUCGGGUCUGUCACGAACCCAGUCUCCAUUAAGCCUCGACCACAGCGACUGUGGGGUUGUGAUGGUCCAUCCUCCUGAGCCAGCCUCACCUGGGCAACCGGGCAGAAUCACCAAACCUGUCUGGUCCGAGGUAAACCUCGCUGGGAAUGUGGUUCUGGGAUAUCCCACCCAUGGAGGAUAGACCUGGUGCUAAGAAAACUGUGCUGGAAAAAAGAAUGGACUCUUUUGACUUUACACCCCUAACUCCAAGGAGCACCCUUGUGAGAGACAUGCGACUGUGAGUAUCUGUGAGCAGAGCACAUCUGUAUUCUGUAAAUAUCUGUCACCAUCUCAAAGAGUGGACACAGUCAACACCUGGAGCCAACAAAUGAAGAGAAUGUCUGCUCUGGAAUUAAAAAGAUUUUAUUUCUCCAAUGUUUUUGUAUGUGUGUGUGCGGGGGAGAGGGGGAGAGAGUGAGAGAGAGAUUAUAGGCCCAGAAAUCCUUUCAUUGCAACUUCUUUGUGCAUUGUGAAAGAAUUCAAUCUGAAGCAAGCUUGCUUAUUCAGGUAAAAUGGCUCAGGCACCUUGAUAGACUAUAAUGCAGAACUAUAAGGCCAUUUGAUGGACGUGGACUGUGACAUUAUGCGGGAUGCAGUGCACCUGUUCUUCCGGAUGAUUGGCACGUCUUCGGCUGUGUGUGAAUGGGUAUUGGUACUGGUUUAUUAUUGUCACAGUUACCUUCGGGGAGGAGGUACACAGCUCAUUGGCAGAUAGGAGAGGGGAGAGUAACAGAGGCUGGGAGGUGCUAGGUGGAGCAUAGAGCCAAGUGAGGGUGGUGGGGACAGCCCAUGAGGACAGAGUGAGGGGACUGAACCCAGUGGGAGGGUGUGUGAGUGAUGUUGGGCAGAUGGAAUGGGUGGGAGAGGGGAAAGAAACAGGGUGAUGGGUGUGGGAACAACUGGGUAGAUCAGGAGGAAAGAGAAAAGAGACAGAGGAGGAUCAGGUUACUGCAAGUUGGAGAAUUCAUUCAUCGUAGACGGCCCAGAGAGGAAAAUGAGGCACUAUUCCUCUAAUUUGUUUUUAGCUUCACCCCAGCAUCGGCAGAGGCAGAGAACAGACAGGUUGGUGUGGGAAUGGACAAACCGUGAAUUCCAGAUGGAGCAUUUAACCCUAGGUUGCAGCUGAGGCUGCUGUAAUGUAAUGCCCACACUACCCAGACCCCCUCGGUAAUUCAGAGCACCUUUAACGGCAAAACAUCAAUGAGUCCCUCAUGGGAGCCAUUGUCAAUGCAGAGGCAGGUGGCAAGGAGAUGGUCUGAUCAACCAGUGGUGGGGGGAAUUGUAGGGGAGUUAGUAGGAAGUCAUAAGGGACCUAAAGUAGCGGUGGGGUUGUAGAGGGGUCUGGAGAGUAUUGGAGAACUACAGAAGGAAUUGGAGAGUAUUG